GAGCGUGAGAUAUCUCUCUCUCUCUCUCUCUCUCUGGAUUGAACUUGGGACUGAGAUGAUGACGAUUCUCUUCUCAGCUCCACCUCUCAUCUCUGUGCUCGUCCUUCUCUGCACUACUCACUUUGCUGCAGCCUCCACUCUCCUGCCCGAUGACGAAGUGGAAGCGUUGAGAGAAAUAGGGGAGACAUUAGGGAAAUCAGAUUGGGAUUUCAACGCAGAUCCAUGCGGGGUAGACGGUGGAUGGGGCGACAACAAAGAUAUCGAUGCAACUAGCAACGCCGUCACCUGCCAAAAUUUCACUGACGCCGACAACAACUCCGUUCCCCAUGUCAUCAGCAUAGUCCUUAGGAAUCAGUCUCUUCCCGGCAGUCUUCCGCCUCAACUGUUCAGGUUACCUUACCUCAAAAACUUUGAUGUCACCCGAAACUACCUAAACGGCAUAAUUCCUAAAGAAUGGGGCUCUACGAAGUUGCGCAACAUUUCUGUAGUUAUAAACCGAUUGACUGGUUCAAUCCCGAAGGAACUGGGAAACAUAUCCACACUCUGGGAAUUAAAUGUCGAGAGCAAUCAGCUUUCGGAGCUCUUCCUCCAGACCUAG